ACCAUAAACAAGAAAAAAAUCUCAUAAAAAAGCCCCCACUUUUCUUACCAAGUUGUCUUUAACAUCACCAUUUCAAAGCUAAAAAACAGAACUCCCAUGGCCAUUCCUUACUCUUAUCUUCUUCUCUUUAUCUCCUUCCUUCUCUUCCCCUUCGCUUCACCGUCCACCAUCAAGAUUCCCAUCUCUCCGGCGAUCACUAAACACCCGUCAUCUUCCGAUCCAUUGAAACUCCUCAAUCAAUUGGCUUCAAUUUCCAUCUCCAGAGCUCACCAUCUCAAGUCAGCAAAAUCUGAUGCCUCCUCGUCUCCAAUCAAAGCACCUCUUUUCUCGCGUAGCUAUGGCGGCUACUCGAUGUCUUUAGGGUUCGGUACUCCGUCUCAGACUGUUAACCUCAUUAUGGAUACGGGUAGUAGUCUUCUUUGGGUCCCUUGUACCUCUCGUUAUCUUUGCGAUGACUGUAAUUUCCCAAAUACGGAUAUAAGUAAAAUCGCGAAGUUUAUCCCGAAUUUAUCGUCUUCCACGAGGAUUAUAGGCUGCGCGAACAAGAAAUGCGGGUGGAUUUUCGGAUCCACUGUGCUGUCUAAAUGUCCGAGCUGUAGUUCCAAUCCUCAAAACUGUACGGAGGCUUGUCCUCCGUAUAUAAUUGAGUAUGGCUUAGGCUCUACUGCUGGUCGCUUGCUAUCAGAGAAUUUGAACUUCCCCAAUAAGACAAUUCCUGAUUUUCUAGUCGGAUGCUCGCUUCUUUCGACGCGACAGCCCGAAGGAAUUGCAGGGUUUGGUCGGAGUUCAUACUCUCUGCCUGGGCAAUUAGGUCUCAGUAAAUUCUCUUAUUGCUUAGUGUCGCGUAAUUUCGAUGACUCUCCGGUGAGCAGUGACCUUAUCUUGGAGAUGGGCCCGAGUAGCUCAGGCGAUACGAAAACUGCAGGGGUUAGCUACACACCGUUCCUGAGGAAUCCUGGUAACAAUGGGUCAAACCCUGCAUUUCAAGAGUAUUACUAUGUGAUGCUGCGCAAAAUCAUUGUAGGUUCGAAAGACAUUAAAGUUCCGUACAGUUUCUUGGUUCCGUCGGGUUCUGACGGUAGCGGAGGGACAAUUGUUGAUUCAGGUACGACGUUUACGUUCAUGGAAGGGCAUAUUUUCAAUUUAUUAUCUAAUGAAUUCGAGAAGCAAAUGGCUAAUUACACGAAAGCUGCUGAAGUCGAAAAACAAACCGGUUUGAAGCCGUGUUACGAUAUUUCGGGUGAGAAAUCGGACGUUCUUGUACCGGAAUUGAUUUUUCAAUUCAAAGGUGGUGCUAAAUUGCAAUUUGCGCUGUCAAAUUAUUUUGCAUUCGUUGACAAGGGUGUUAUUUGCUUAACGAUCGUUAGCGAUACUAGCGGCAGCGGCGGCGGCGUUCGUAGCGGUCCGGCUAUUAUAUUGGGGAAUUUUCAGCAGCAAAAUUUGUAUGUAGAGUAUGACUUAGAGAAUGACAGAUUUGGAUUUAAAGAACAGAGUUGUGUAUGAGCUGUUAAUUUUUGUCGAUAUAGUAUAGUAACAAGCGUUACUACACUGAAUAAGUCAAAUUAGAUAUUGUAAUUUGAGUUGUAUUGACAUGACCAUUGCAUUCACAAGAUUAUGAACAUUAAACAAUGAGACAUAAAGGUAGCGGUGGCAACGGUAACAUGUAAAACUAUGGCGGCCACCCUAUUGCGGCAGCAAUUUACUGAAA